AUGUCGGAUAUUCCAAUUGAUUUCACGGAGUUGGCGCAACUCACGCUGUUGGGCAUAUCCGCUUCAUCAUUGGACUUUAAAUCAACCACAUUAGAGUCUGACCGCUACGUAUGUUGUCGUGAGCAAGGUCCUCAAGGUAACACUGUUGCUAUUGUUGAUUUGCAGAACAACAAUGAGGUUACAAGGAAAAACAUGACUGCCGAUAAUGCCAUCAUGCACCCAACUGAGAAUGUCAUUAGUUUGCGAGCUAAUGGUACCACGUUGCAGAUUUUCAAUUUAGGCACUAAGCAAAGAUUGAAAGCCCACACUAUGAACGAACCAGUGAUAUAUUGGAAAUGGCUAGAUAACAAACAUUUGGGGUUGGUCACUCAAUCACUGAUUUAUUUCUGGAACGUGUUUGAUGGUACCAAUGAUGGACCAUCGAAAUUGACAGAUAGACACCAUUCAUUGAACAAUGCACAAAUCAUCAACUUUGUUGCUGAACCAGACUUGAACUGGUUUGCAGUCACUGGUAUUGCCCAAGAAGAUGGAAGAAUUGCUGGUCACAUUCAAUUGUACUCGAAAUCAAGAAAUGUGUCCCAAGCAAUUGAAGGCCACGUUUGUAAAUUUGCUUCAAUUACUUUGAGUGGCGCUUCACACCCAACUAAAGUGUUUUGUGUUGGUAAUAAGAAUGCUCAGGGCCAAGGUAACAUGCAUAUUAUUGAAAUUGAUCAUGUUGAUGGUAACCCACCCUUUCAAAAGAAGCAAGUUGACAUCUUUUUCCCACCGGAUGCUUCAAAUGAUUUCCCAAUCAGUUUGCAAGCUUCCAACAAGUAUGGAAUCAUUUAUAUUUUGACCAAGUAUGGUUUCAUUCAUUUGUAUGACAUGGAAACUGGUGCGAACUUGUUUGUCAAUAGAAUCACUGCCGACCCAGUGUUUACAGCGACAAGCUACAAUAACGGAACUGGUAUCCUCACCGUGAACAAGUCUGGCCAAGUCUUGAGCGUUGAAGUUAGCAGAGAAAAGAUCAUACCAUAUGUAUUGGAAAAAUUGUCCAAUGUUCCCUUGGCAUUGGCCUUGUCUUCGCGUGGAGGUUUCCCAGGUGCAGAAAACUUGUUUACUCAACAAUUUCAAAAUUACCUUAACCAAGGUGACUACACCAAUGCUGCCAAAGUUGCAGCAUCUUCUGAGCAAUUGCGAACUCAAGACACCAUCAAUAAAUUGAAGCAUAUCACUCCACAACCUGGUCAAAUCUCCCCAAUAUUGCAAUAUUUUUCAACCUUGUUGGAUCGUGGAACUUUGAAUAAGUAUGAGUCUAUUGAGUUGGCCAAACCGGUAUUGCAACAAGACCGUAAACCAUUGUUUGAAAAAUGGUUAAAAGAGGACAAGUUGACUUCGUCAGAAGAGUUGGGUGAUAUCGUCAAAUCAUACAAUGACACAACUUUGGCGUUGGCUGUGUACAUUAGAGCCAAUGUCAACAUUAAAGUUGUCUCUUGUUUGGCCGAGUUGGGUCAAUUUGAUAAGAUUGUUCCAUACUGUGAAAAAGUUGGUUACAAUCCAGAUUUCACCAACUUGAUCCAAAACUUGGUGAGAGUUAACCCUGAUAAGGCUAGCGAGUUUGCCACUUCAUUAUUGGCCAGUCCUGCAACAGAUUCCAAAUUGAAUGUCGAACAGAUUGCCGAUUUGUUCUUUUCUCAGAAUUAUAUUCAGCAAGGAACUGCAUUCUUGUUGGAUGCAUUGAAAAAUGACUCACCUUCUGAGGGUCAUUUGCAAACUAAAGUGUUGGAAAUCAACUUGUUGCAUGCUCCACAAGUGGCUGAUGCAAUUUUGGGUAACCAAAUGUUCAGUCACUAUGACAAACCAACUAUUGGUAAGUUAUGUGAGAAAUCUGGUUUGUUCCAAAGAGCUUUGGAGCAUUACGAUGACCUCAAGGAUAUCAAGAGAGUUAUUGUUCAUACCAAUGUCUUACCUAGUGACUGGCUAGUUUCUUAUUUUGGUCAGUUGAAUGUCGAUCAAUCAAUCGCAUGUCUCAAGGAGUUGUUUAGCCACAACUUGCAACAAAACUUGCAAGUAAUUAUCCAAGUUGCCACCAAAUAUUCUGACUUGAUUGGUCCUCAAAAGUUGAUUAAAUUAUUUGAGGAAUACAAAUGUAGCGAAGGGUUGUAUUAUUAUUUGAGCUCAAUCGUGAAUCUUACCCAAGACUCAGAUGUUGUGUUCAAAUAUAUCCAAGCUGCUGCUAGAAUUGGCCAGACAAAGGAAAUUGAAAGAGUUGUUAGAGACAAUAAUGUUUACAAUGGUGAGAAAGUGAAAAACUUUUUGAAAGAAUUCAAAUUGGAAGAUCAAUUGCCAUUGGUGAUUGUGUGUGACAGAUUCAACUUUGUACAUGAUUUGAUCUUGUACUUGUACAAGAACCAAUACUUUAAGUUUAUUGAAGUAUAUGUCCAAUCAGUCAAUCCUUCAAACACUCCACAAGUUAUUGCUGGUUUGUUAGAUGUAGACUGUGAUGAAGCAGUUAUUAAGAACUUGUUGAUGUCAGUGCUUGGAAGAGUCCCUAUCAAGACAUUGGUUGAGGAAGUUGAAAAGAGAAACAGAUUAAAGAUUUUGUUGCCAUAUUUGGAAAAAACAUUGGAGGGUGGCUCCAAUGACCAAGAAGUUUACAAUGCGUUGGCCAAGAUCUAUAUCGACUCCAACAACUCACCAGAGAAAUUCUUGCAAGAAAACAACAACUACGAUACUUUAGUUGUUGGUAAGUAUUGUGAAAAGAGAGACCCAUACUUGGCGUACAUUUCAUAUUCAAAAGGUGGCAAUGAUGAUGAGUUGAUCAACAUUACUAAUGAAAACAAGAUGUACAAAUACCAAGCUCGUUAUUUGUUGCAAAAAUCAGAUCUUGAUUUGUGGAACAAAGUACUUGGCUCUGAUAACAUCCACAGAAGACAAUUGGUAGACCAAGUUAUCUCAACCGGUAUCCCAGAGUUGGACGACCCAGAACCAAUCUCCAUUACAGUCAAGGCGUUUAUGGAGAAUGAUUUGCCCGAAGAGUUGAUGGAGUUGCUUGAAAAAAUUAUUUUGGAACCAUCUGCAUUUAGUGAAAAUGCUUCAUUGCAAGGCUUGAUGAUCUUGACUGCAAUUAAAGCUGACUCUUCAAAGGUUUCCGGAUACAUUGAGAAGUUGGACAAGUUUGAUCCUCAAGAGAUUGCACCUUUGUGUAUCGAUAAUGGCUUAAACGAAGAAGCAUUUGAGGUGUAUGACAAGUUUGAAUUGAGAUCAGAAGCUAUGAAUGUUUUGGUUGAGAGCAUUGUUUCUUUAGACAGAGCUGAGCAAUAUGCUGAGAAAUAUGAUACACCAGAAUUGUGGUAUCAAUUGGGUACUGCUCAAUUAGAUGGUUUAAGAAUCCCUGAAGCAAUCGACUCAUACAUCAAGUCUAAGAAUCCCGAGAAUUUCGAACAAGUCAUUGAUAUUGCCGAGCAUGCAGGCAAGGAGGAAGAAUUACUUCCAUACUUGGAGAUGGCUAGAGAGACAUUGAGAGAACCUGUUAUUGAUGGUGCUAUCAUCAAUGCAUAUGCUACUUUGGAUAGAUUAAGAGACAUGGAAAGUUUUGUUGGUGGAUCAAACGUUGCUGAUUUGGAAACCAUUGGUGACAAGUUGUUUGAAGCCAAAAACUACAAGGGAGCCAAGAUUUUGUAUUCGAAUGUUUCUAAAUAUUCUAAAUUGGCAACUACUCUUGUUUACUUGGAAGAUUACCAAGGUGCAGUCGAUUGUGCUAGAAAAGCAUCAAACAUUAGUGUUUGGAAACAGGUCAAUAAUGCCUGUAUCGAGAACAAAGAAUUUAGAUUGGCUCAAAUUUGUGGUUUGAACUUGAUUGUCGAUGCUGAGGAAUUACCCGAGCUUGUAAAGACUUAUGAAUACAACGGUUAUUUCAAUGAGUUAAUUUCAUUGUUUGAAAGUGGUUUAGGUUUGGAGAGAGCACAUAUGGGUAUGUUUACCGAAUUGGCGAUCUUGUACGCCAAGUAUACACCCGAGAAAGUGAUGGAGCACUUGAAGUUGUUCUGGUCAAGAAUCAAUAUCCCCAAGGUAUUGACUGCGUGCGAAGAUGCGCACUUGUACCCAGAGUUGAUAUUUUUGUACUGUCAUUAUGAAGAGUGGGACAAUGCUGCAUUAACUAUGAUUGAAAAAUCAGAAGUUGCAUUUGACCAUUCUUCAUUCAAGGAAAUCAUCGUUAAAGCUCCAAACUUGGAAAUUUACUAUAAGGCCAUCCAAUUCUACUUGAAUGAGAAUCCAUCCUUGUUGGUUGACUUGUUGUCUGUGUUGACGCCAAAAUUGGAUUUGCCAAGAGUUGUGAGAAUGUUUAUCAAGAGUGACAACUUACCAAUGAUUAAGCCUUUCCUUAUCUCUGUUUUGGACAAAAACAAUAGUGUCGUUAACUCAGCAUACCAUGAUUUGCUUAUUGAAGAAGAAGAUUACAAGUCACUCCGCUCUUCUAUUGAGCAUGAGUCAAACAAUAGAUUUAACAAAUUAGAUCUUGCUGAAAGGUUAGAGAAACAUGAUUUGAUCUUUUUUAGACAAAUUGCCGCCACUCUUUAUGCCAAAGAGAAAAAAUACAACAAGGCCAUCUCUAUUCUCAAAGCUGAUAAGUUGUGGUCGGACUUGUUGAAAGUUGUUGCCAUUUCGAAAUCGCCAAAGAUUGCUCGUGAUAUACUCGACUAUUUUGUUGAAACUGGUAACCACGAAUGUUUUGUUGCUCUUUUGUACACCUCAUACGAAUACAUCUCUCACGACUAUGUGAUGGAAGUAUCAUGGUUACACAACUUGAGCAAUUUCAUUAAGCCAUACGAGAUUUCCAUCGCUUAUGAGAACCAAAAGAAGUUGAAUGAGUUGUAUGUUGAUUUGAAAAAGAGACAAGAUGCUGAAAAAGGUGACGAGGAGUCGAGCAAAAAUGGACAAGCUCCAUUGAUGCUUACCAACGGGCCAAUGAGUUUCCAAAAUACAGGACUUCUGUCUGCACCAUCCUUGGGUUUCCAACCAACUGGAACAGGAUUUGGUAACGCAUUUUAG